CUGACCAUCCUUCCUUCCACGUGUGAUCCCCUCUCUCUUAUUUAUUCUUUCAAAGCUCAACCCACCUUUGCUUGUUCAUUUUCUCACAUUCAUUCUCUCUUUCUCUCAAACAUUCCAUAGUUUUCUCUAGAUUUCUUAGGUCAUUUUGUUUUCCUUUCUGGGGGAGGUUUGAAUCUAUGGCUUUGCAUUUGCUUCUGCUCCUUCUAACACUCCUUGGAGCUUCUGCUGCUGAUGAUGAACCGUUUAUUGGUGUGAACAUUGGGACAGAUCUAUCAGACAUGCCACACCCAACACAAGUUGUAGCGAUGCUUAAAGCCCAGCAAAUUCGGCAUGUUCGGUUGUAUGAUGCUGAUCAAGCUAUGCUUAUUGCACUUGCCAAGUCAGGCAUUGAAGUUGUUGUAUCUGUCCCUAACGAAGAGCUGCUGGCAAUAGGUCAAUCAAAUUCCACAGCUGCUAACUGGGUCUCGCGCAAUGUGGUGGCACAUUACCCAGCCACCAACAUCACAGCCAUUUGUGUUGGCUCUGAGGUUCUGACAGCCCUCCCAAACGCAGCCAAAGUACUUGUCAAUGCCAUUAAGUACAUUCAUUCAGCCCUUGUGGCAACAAACCUUGAUCGCCAAAUCAAAGUCUCAACCCCCCUUCCUUCCAACAUCAUCCUUGACUCAUUCCCUCCUUCCCAGGCCUUUUUCAACCGAUCCAUGAACUCCAUUUUGGUCCCAUUGCUUGAUUUCUUGCAAUCCACUGACUCUUACCUCAUGCUUAAUGUGUAUCCUUACUAUGAUUACAUGAAGUCCAAUGGUGUGAUUCCAUUAGAAUAUGCACUUUUCAAGCCUCUCCCUCCAAAUAAAGAAGCUGUGGACUCCAACACUCUCCUUCACUACUCCAAUGUCUUUGAUGCAGUGGUUGAUGCAGCCUACUUUGCCAUGUCCUUUCUGAACUACACCAACAUUCCUGUGGUGGUGACAGAGUCAGGCUGGCCCUCAAAGGGCGAUUCAAAUGAGCCUGAUGCUACUGUUGACAAUGCUAAUACCUAUAACAGUAAUUUGAUCAAGCAUGUGCUGAACAAAACUGGCACUCCCAAACAUCCUGGGAUUGCUGUUAGUACAUACAUUUAUGAGCUGUACAAUGAGGAUACGAAGCCUGGGCCAGUGUCAGAGAAGAACUGGGGAUUGUUUGAUGCAAACGGGGAACCUAUUUAUAUUUUGCACUUGACAGGAUCAGGAGCAGUUUUGGCUAACGAUACCACUAAUCAAACUUUUUGUAUUGCAAAAGAUGGUGCUGACCCUAAGAUGGUCCAGGCUGCACUAGAUUGGGCAUGUGGACCUGGGAAAGUGGAUUGCUCUGAUUUGCUUCAGGGACAACCUUGCUAUGAACCAGACAACGUGAUUGCGCAUGCAACUUAUGCUUUUGACGCAUACUAUACUAAGAUGGGGAAAUCUCCUGAGGCAUGUGAUUUCAAUGGAGUAGCCACAAUCUCUACCUCAGAUCCAAGUCAUGGUUCGUGUGUAUUUCCAGGAAGUCUUGGCAAGAAUGGCACCUUGUCAAACAUAACAGCACCAUCAAUGAAUUCCACAAGUUCAGAUUCUUCUGCCAGCGAUUUCCUUAGCUCUGAACUGAGAAUCAGAAGCAUUUUGAUGGUGAUAGGAUUUUUAGUAUGGGGACUGGUUUUGUAAAUUUUGUUAGAUGGUCACAACAUCUGCUACUUCCUUCAAAAUUUUGUGGUAGAUGCUGCUACUUAUUUGUUUGGUAGCGUUGAUGAAAUCAGUCCGUUUAAUUUUGUACAAAGAAGGAAAAACAGCCUAAUGGUUUGCAUUGAAUUAGGCUUCAAUCGAACUAUGAUAUCAUUA